AUGUUGAAGGAGGAAGUGUUCAUGUCAGAUGUUCCAGAGAAGGAGCUAGACCUGUGUGGCAAAUAUGAGGUCAUUGGAGAGUUUAGAAGACAGUUUCAGUGUUCAUGGACAUCAGAUUGUGGGUUGACCCAGAAGGCCUCAGUGGACGCCAGCAACACUGGAGGGGAGGAAUUCCUCACGGCCUUCCUGCAGAACUACCAGACUGGGUACGGCAAGGCCUACCUCCACCUCCUCAUCACCAGUCAGUCCAACAGCUCCGCCUCAGUUUCUGUCUUCAGCCGGGCAGAUGGCACCUUGCAGAAUGUCACAGUGGGACCUGGGCAGUCGGUCAUGGUCGACAUCAACAUCAAGUCUGAGUUGAUUGGCAGCAAAACCUUCCAUUAUGCGGUGGUGGUCCACUCUCAUCAACCCAUCUCUGUGCUAGCCAUAAAUUCUAAGCCCAACACAGGGGAACUGACACUGCUGCGGCCUGUCAGUGCCCUGGGAACUGAGUAUUUUGUGUUCACACCCCCCAGCGUCUCGGCCAGGAAUGUCAAGGAGUUUGCUGUGGUGGCUGGUGCAACGGGUGCCUCGGUCAGCGUGCAGCUGAAGGGGGCAGUGACAUUCCAGGGCAAGUUCUAUCCCUCAGGCAAUGUCCUGAGUGUGACUCUGGGACCCUAUGAAGUGGCCCAGGUACAGAGCGAGGCUGAUCUCUCAGGGUCAAAGGUCACAGCCAGUAGCCCCAUAGCAGUCCUCUCUGGCCACAGCUGUGCCCAGAAACACACAAGCUGCAACCAUGUGACGGAGCAGCUGUUACCCACAUCCGCCUGGGGCACCCACUAUGUGGUGCCCACUCUAUCCUCCCAGACCCGCUUUGAUCUGGUCUAUGUCAUGGCCAGCCAGACCACAAAGCUGACCUACAACCAUGGGGGCAUCUCUGGUUCCAGGAGCCUCCAGGCAGGUGAUGUGUCUGAGUUUGAGGUCCGGCAUUCCCGGCCACUCUACUUGUCUGCAAAUGUCGGCAUCCAAGUCCUGCUGUUUGGCACAGGUGCCACAAAGGACAAAAUUACCUAUGACCCCUACCUGGUCCUGAUCCCAGAUGUGGAGUCCUAUUGCCCUGCCUACGUGGUCAAUAGCAUUCCGGGCUUUAACGGUGUGGCCAUGAUGGUGGCACAGACAAAGGCUGCUGACGAGGUCACCGUGGACGGGCAAAAGCUGGGGGCCAGUCUCGCCUGGACAGAUGUACCAGGCAGUGAAUUCUCAUAUGCUGAAGUGGACGUCAGCACUGCUAACAUGGUCCACAAGUUCAAGGCCACUACCAACUUCGGGCUGCUCACUGUAGGGCUGGUCCAGUCUGGGGGUUACGGGACAGCAGCUGCCUGCAGCCAGGAGGCGCAGGCUUUGGCGAUAAGAGAGGAGGAGUCCUGGGGCAGCAGCUGCUGGGGUGUUGUCCGAGAGGACACCCAGGCUUUGCAGCUGCUGUUCCCAGGGGAAACUCCCCGGCAAACAAUCGACAACCAGCGCUCGUGCCUGCCUGCCACCCUGGCCGAGGGUCGCUUCCGCGUGUUCGAGAGCGGGACACGGGCCAUUGUGGAACUGGACUUUGGGCUGGUGGUCACCUAUGACUGGGAUUCCCAUCUGGCACUGAGCCUGCCUGAGCGCUUCCGAGGCCAGGUGUACGGACUGUGUGGCAACUAUAAUGGCAACCCCGCUGAUGACUUCCUCACACCUGACCUGGAGCAGGCUCCUAACGUUGUCGAGUUUGCCAGUAGCUGGAAACUGGAUGAUGGGGACUACCUGUGUCAGGACAGCUGCCAGAACAACUGCCCCUCCUGCACCACAGGCCAGGCUCAGCACUACGAGGGCGACAAUCUCUGUGGCAUGCUGACCAAGCCCGAUGGCCCCUUUGCUGCCUGCCAUGAUGCUCUGGAUCCCAGGCCCUUCCUGAAGGAGUGUGUAUAUGACCUGUGCGUGGUCAACGGGGACCGGUCCAACCUGUGCCGUGGCCUCAGCGCCUACGCCCAGGCCUGUCUGGAGCUUGGCAUCUCUGUCAAGGGCUGGAGGCCACUAGCCAACUGCCCCCUUUCCUGUCCAGCCAACAGCCGCUAUGAUCCCUGCAGUCCCGCCUGCCCCGCUUCCUGCAACUCCGAGGCGGCGCCCGCCAACUGCUCCGGGCGCCCGUGCGUGGAGGGCUGCACAUGCCUCCCGGGCUUCGUGGCCAGCGGCGGUGCCUGCGUGGCGGCCUCGUCUUGCGGCUGCACCUAUCAAGGCCGCCCGCUGGCGCCGGGCCAGCAGGUGUGGGCCGAUGACCAGUGCCUGCGGCGCUGUACCUGCGACAGCUCCACCGGGCAGGUGCGUUGCAGCGACACGCAAGGCUGCCCGGCGGGCGAGCGCUGCCGCGUGCAGAACGACCUCCUGGGUUGCUACCCUGACCGCUUUGGGAGCUGCCAGGCGUACGGGGACCCGCACUACGUGAGCUUUGACGGCCGGCGAUUUGACUUCAUGGGCACCUGCACUUACCUGCUGUCUGGUUCGUGCGGUCAGAACGCGAUGCUGCCCGCCUUUAGGGUACUGGUGGAAAAUGAGCAUCGGGGCAGCCAGAGAGUGAGCUACACGCGCGCCGUGCGCGUGGAGACCCUAGGCGUGAAGGUGGAGGUGCGGCGGCUGCAUCCUGGUCAAGUGCUGGUGGAUGGCAUCCUUCAGUACCUGCCUUUCCAGGCGGCAGAUGGGCAGGUGCAGGUGUUCCGCCAGGGCCAAGAUGCUGUCGUGCGCAUAGACUUUGGCCUGACUGUCACCUACAACUGGAAUGACCGUGUGACUGUCAAGGUGCCCGGCAGCUAUGCUGGGGCCCUGUGUGGGCUCUGUGGGAACUUCAAUGAGAACCCAGGUGAUGACCUGGCUCUGCGGGGUGGAGGCCAAGCUGCCAAUGCACUGGCUUUUGGGAACAGCUGGCAGGAGGAGACCAGGCCAGGCUGUGGAGCGACUGAGCCAGGUGACUGUCCCAAGCUGGACUCCCUGGUGGCCCAGCAGCUGCAGAGCAAGAAGGAGUGUGGGAUCCUUGCCGACCCUAAGGGCCCCUUCCGAGAGUGCCACGACACGCUGGAUCCACAGGGUGCUGUGCGCGACUGUGUUUACGACCGCUGCCUACUGCCGGGCCAGUCCGGGCCACUGUGUGAUGCAUUGGCCAGCUAUGCUGAUGCAUGCCAGGCUGCAGGGGCCACUGUGCACCCCUGGAGGAGUGAGGAACUUUGCCCUCUGAGCUGCCCGCCCCACAGUCACUACGAGGCGUGUUCCCACGGCUGCCCGCUCUCCUGUGGAGACCUCCCAGUGCCCGGGGGCUGCGGCUCCGAAUGCCACGAGGGCUGUGUGUGUGAUGAGGGCUUCAUGCUCAACGGUGAGUCCUGCGUGCCCAUGACCUCCUGUGGCUGCAUAUACCAGGGUGCCUACCACCCGUCAGGCCAAACCUUCUAUCCCGGACCGGGGUGCGAUUCCCUUUGCCACUGCCAUGAGGGUGGCCUGGUGACCUGUAAGCCCUCCAGCUGUGGCCCACAUGAGGCCUGCCAGCCGUCCAGUGGCAUCCUGGGCUGUGUGGCUGUGGGCUCUGCCACCUGCCAGGCAUCCGGAGAUCCCCAUUACACCACCUUUGAUGGCCGCCGCUACGACUUCAUGGGCACCUGUGUGUAUGUGCUGGCUCAGACCUGCGGGAGCCGGCCUGGCCUGGACCAGUUCACCGUCCUGCAGGAGAAUGUGCAGUGGAAAAACAGGAAAGUCAGUGUGACCAAAGUGGUCACUGUCAAGGUGGCUAACUUCACCCUGCGGCUGGAGCAGAAUCAAUGGAAAGUCACGGUGGACGGUGUGGACAUGAAGCCACCGGUGGUGCUGCAACAGGGCCGGGUCCGCGUCUCCCAGCAUGGCUCGAACAUGGUGAUCGAGACUGACUUUGGCCUGCGUGUGGCCUACAACCUUGUGUACAAUGUGCGGGUCACCAUCCCAGGCAACUACUACCAGCGGUUAUGUGGCCUGUGUGGAAACUACAAUGGUGACCCCAAGGACGACUUCCAGAAGCCCGACGGCUCGCAGGCAGGCAGCCCCAAUGACUUCGGCAACUCCUGGGAGGCGGCAGUGCCUGGCUCUCCCUGCUUGCCACCGCCCACCUGCAAGCCGGGUGAGGACUGCAAUCUGGAGUGUGAACCUGGGCUGCAGGACAAGUACAAGCAGGAGGAGUUCUGUGGGUUCCUCACCAGCCCCACGGGGCCGCUGGCCACCUGCCACAAGCUGCUCAAUCCCCAGGGCCCCUUGCAAGAUUGUGUCUUCGAUCUCUGCGUGGGUGACGGGAACCAGAACAUUCUCUGCAGCAACAUCCAGGCCUAUGUGAGCGCUUGCCAGGCAGCUGGAGGUCACAUUGAACCCUGGAGGACCGAAUCUUUCUGUCCGAUGAAGUGCCCCUCCCACAGCCACUAUGAGCUCUGUGCAGACACCUGCUCCCUGACCUGCUCUGCACUCAGCGAAGCCCCGCAGUGCCCAGAUAAGUGUGCUGAGGGCUGCCAGUGCGACCCUGGCUUCCUCAGUGAUGGCCAAGCCUGCGUGCCCAUCCAGGAAUGUGGCUGCUACCACAACGGUGUCUACUAUGAGCCAGGACAAACAGUACUCAUUGACAACUGCCAGCAGCAGUGCGUGUGCCACACCGGGAAAGGCCUGGCAUGCCAGAGCCACAGCUGUGAACCGGGGCAGGUGUGCCAGCCCUCGGAAGGCGUCCUGAGCUGCAUCAAAGGUGCUGGGCUGGGGCUGGGGCUGGGCCUGAGGCCGAGCCAGCAUCCCUGCACAGAUGGGGCAGGUGCUAGGGAGCAGCCGGCCUCGUGCUGGGCAGCCCCUCAAGGUCCUCUGUGUGAGGAAAAAAAUCUGGGCUAUUCGAGUGAAAAGGUCCUCUCUCCUCUCUCCCCAGAACCGUGCAAAGGUGUGACGUGUCGGCCACAGGAGACGUGCCAGGACAAGGAUGGCCAGGCAGUGUGCGUGCCCAACUAUGAGGCCACGUGCUGGCUAUGGGGUGAUCCCCACUACCAUUCCUUCGAUGGCUGGAACUUUGACUUCCAGGGCACCUGCAACUAUGUGCUGGCAACAACCAGCUGCCCAAAGGUCAACACCCAGGGCCUGACACCCUUCACCAUCACCACCAAGAACGAGAACCGGGGCAGCCCUGCUGUGUCCUUCGUGAGGCUCGUCACUGUCACUACUCUCAACACCAACAUCUCCAUCCACAAAGGUGAAGUUGGCAAAGUCCGGGUGAAUGGUGUGCUGACAGCGUUGCCUGUCUCUGUGGCUGGUGGGCGGCUUUCAGUGACACAUGGAGGAUCAAAAGCAGUACUGGCAGCUGACUUCGGGCUGCAGGUCAGCUAUGACUGGAAUUGGAAAGUGGAGGUGACGCUGCCCAGUAGCUAUCAUGGCGCGGUGUGUGGGCUCUGCGGGAACAUGGACCAAAACCCCAGCAACGACCAAGCCUUCCCUAACGGCACACUGGCUCCCUCCAUACCCACCUGGGGCGGCAGCUGGCGAGCCCCAGGCUGGAACACACUGUGCUGGGAUGAAUGUCAGGGGUCCUGCCCAACAUGCUCUGAGGAUAAGCUGGAGGAGUACGGGGGCCCUGGCUUCUGUGGACCCCUGGCUGCUGGCAUGGGAGGACCCUUCGCUGCCUGCCAUGCCCAUGUGGCACCUGAGAGUUUCUUCAAGGGCUGCGUUCUGGAUGUCUGCCUGGGUGGUGGGGCCCAGGACGUACUUUGCCAGGCUCUGGCUACUUACGCUGCUGCCUGCCAGGCCGCUGGCAUUGUCAUCAAGGACUGGAGGACGCAGGCAGGCUGUGAGAUCUCCUGCCCCAGCAACAGCCACUAUGAGCUCUGUGGCCCAUCCUGCCCAGCCAGCUGCCCAUCCCCUGCGCCCCCUACGACCCCAGCCCCAUGUGAGGGCCCCUGCGCUGAAGGCUGCCAGUGUGACUCAGGCUUCGUGUUGAGCGCUGACCGCUGCGUUCCUCUGGAUGGAGGCUGCGGCUGCUGGGCCAAUGGCACCUACCAUGAGGCAGGCAGCGAGUUUUGGGCUGGUGCCACCUGCUCCGAGAGGUGCCACUGUGGUCCUGGGGGUGGCUCGCUGGUCUGCAAGCCUGCCAGGUGCGGGCUAGGUGAAGUAUGUGCCCUGCUGCCCUCAGGCCAACAUGGCUGCCAUCCUGUCAGCACGGCUGAGUGUCAAGCUUGGGGUGACCCCCAUUACAUCACCCUGGAUGGGCACCGAUUCGACUUCCAAGGUGCCUGCGAGUACCUGCUGAGUGCACCCUGCCAUACACCACCGGCGGGAGUUGAGAACUUCACUGUCACUGUGGCCAAUGAGCACCGGGGCAGCCAGGCCGUCAGCUAUACCCGCAGCGUCACCCUGCACAUCUACAAGCACAACCUGACCCUCAGUGCCCGCUGGCCCCGGCAGCUGCAGGUGGACGGCAAGCUCGUGGCGCUGCCCUUCCAGCUGGACUCGCGCCUGCGAGCUCACCUGAGCGGCACCGACGUGGUGGUGACCGCAGCCACCGGGCUUUCGCUGGCUUUCGAUGGGGACAGCAACGUGCGCCUGCGCGUGCCGGCGGCGUACGCGGGCGCCCUUUGUGGCCUGUGCGGGAACUACAACCGGGACCCCGCCGACGAUCUGAAGGCAGUGGACGGGAACCCCAGCGGCUGGAAGGUGGGAGGCGCCGCAGGCUGCGGGGAGUGCGUACCUGGACCGUGCCCUGCGCCGUGCACGCCUGAGCAGCAGGAGCCCUUCGGCGGCCCCGACGCCUGCGGCGUGAUCUCUGCCCCUGACGGCCCGCUGGCGCCCUGCCACCACCUCGUGCUGCCCGCGCAGUACUUCCAGGCCUGCUUGCUGGACGCCUGCCAGGCUCAGGGCCACCCGGGAGGCCUCUGCCCUGCCGUGGCCGCCUACGUGGCAGCCUGCCAGGCCGCUGGGGCCCAGCUUGGCGAGUGGAGGCGGGCAGACUUCUGUCCUCUCCAGUGCCCUGCCCACAGCCACUACAAGCUCUGCGGUGACUCCUGCCCUGUGAGCUGCCCGAGCCUCUCUGCGCCUGAGGGCUGUGAACCAGCCUGCCGUGAGGGCUGUGUCUGUGAUGCCGGCUUCGUGCUCAGUGGCGACUCCUGCGUGCCUGUGGGCCAGUGUGGCUGCCUCUAUGAGGGCCACUACUACCCAUUGGGCGAGGCCUUCUACCCAGGCCCCGAGUGCGAGCGGCACUGUGAGUGUGGGCCAGGAGGCCAAGUCAGCUGCCAGGAGGGCAAAGCCUGCAGGCCCCAUGAAGAGUGUCGGAUAGAGGACGGUGUCCAGGGCUGUUAUUCGACAGGCUGUGGCCGCUGCCUGGCCAGUGGGGGCAUCCACUACGUUACCCUCGAUGGACGUGUCUAUGAUAUGCAUGGCUCCUGCUCCUAUGUCUUGGCCCGAGUCUGCCACCCAGAUCCCAGGGAUGAAGACUUUACCAUUGUACUUGAGAAAAAUGUGGCUGGAGAGCCUCAACGCCUGCUAGUCAGUGUGGCUGGCCAGACUGUGAGCCUGGCUCGGGGCCCACAGGUCACCGUGGAUGGCGAGGUUGUGGCCCUGCCUGUGGCCAUGGGCCAUGUGCAGGUGACCGCUGAGGGCCGGAACAUGGUCCUGCAGACCACCAAGAAGCUGCGGCUUCUCUUUGAUGGUGACGCCUACAUCCUCAUAGGCAUCCCUGGCUCCUUCUGGGGCCGGCUCUGUGGCCUCUGUGGGAACUUCAAUGGCAAUUGGAGCGAUGACUUUGUCCUGCCCAGUGGCACUGUGGCCCCCAGUGUGGAUGCCUUUGGAGCUGCAUGGCGGGCACCUGGCUCCUCCCAGGGCUGUGGCGAGGGCUGCGGGCCCCAGGGCUGCCCCGUGUGCUCAUCAGAGGAGACAGCACCAUAUGAGAGCAUCCAGGCCUGCGGGCAGCUCCGGGACCUCCAUGGCCCCUUCGCAGCCUGCCACGCAGUGCUGAGCCCCUCUGAGUACUUCCGCCAAUGCGUCUACGACAUGUGUGCCCAGAAAGGCAACAGCACCGUCCUCUGCCGUAGCCUGGCUGCCUACACAGCGGCCUGCCAGGCAGCCGGCCAGACCGUGAAGCCCUGGAGGACAGAAAGCUUCUGCCCGCUCCAGUGCCCUGCCCACAGCCACUACUCCGUCUGCACUCACUCCUGCCAGGGCUCCUGCGCGGCUCUCUCUGGCCUCAUGGGCUGCACCACCCGCUGCUUUGAGGGCUGUGAGUGCGAUGACCACUUCCUGCUCUCCCAGGGCACCUGCAUCCCUGUCCAGCACUGCGGCUGCACUCAUGACGGCCGAUACUUGCCGGUGAACUCCUCCCUGCUGAGCUCAGACUGCAGCGAGCGCUGUUCCUGUUCCUCAAGCACUGGACUGACAUGCCAGGCAACUGGCUGCCCUGUAGGCCGCAUCUGUGAGGUCGAGGCUGGGGCCCGGGACUGCUGGGUCCCCCCUGGUCUCUGUUCCCUCUCUAUGGGCACCAAUCUCACCACCUUUGAUGGGGCCUGCAGUAACAUCAGCAUCCCUGGCAUCUACGAGCUCUCUUCCAGCUGCCCAGGACUAGAGAAGAUCGUGCCCUGGUACCGUGUGCUCGCUGAUGUCCACUCCUGCCAUGGCAAAGCUGAAGCUGUGAGCCAGGCUCACAUCUUCUUCCGGGGCGGCCUGGUGACCGUGACCCCACACAAGGGCGUAUGGGUGAAUGGUCUCCGAGUGGAUCUCCCAGCUGAGGUGUUACCUUCUGUGUCCGUGAGACGGAAUCCUGAUGGCUCCGUGCUAGUCCACCAGAAGGCAGGGGUCCAGGUACAGCUGGGCACCAAUGGGCAGCUGACUGUGAUGGUCAGCAGUGACCAUGCUGGCAUGCUGUGUGGGGCCUGCGGAAACUUUGACGGGGACCAGACCAAUGAUGGGCAUAACUACGAGGGGAAUACAACCGUGGAGCACUGGAGAGCGCAGGACUUCUCCCCAUGUCACAGCUGAUCAGUCACCCAUUGGGAAUGAGGACUUCAGGACCUGAACCCUGGAGAUCGCAAUAAUGGAAGGAUGCACUGUGUUACUGUGUGCCCCUUCCUGCUCUUCCCUCUGCUCAGCCACUGAGGCUGACUGUGAAAGCAUUGAAUAAAUAUCAUAAGCUAAGCUGCAUGCUGAUGUGUGUCUUAAGCCUUCUUAUCCCUGACUUUCCUUUCUGCACUACAGGCAUCAGAUGCCUGGGGAAUCUGGCACAUGAUGAAUAUUUAUUGGGGGUGAGCAAAUGGAUGGAUGGAUGGAUUGAUGGAUAUAUAAAUAGGUGGACUGGGAGAGGGGUGGGUGGGAAAAUGGGAAGAUAGGGAAAUGGAUGAUUAGAAGAAUGGGUAGAGGGGCCAGCCGAGUGGC